AUGAGGUGCCCUGAAGCCAUGGUGAGGCGUGAAGCGAACCCGCGCAGGCGACGGGACCAGGGGGCGCAACUGGCAAAGCAGAAAAAAAUAUUCACAAAAUCCCACUUUAGCAUUCUCUCCCCUUCCUUUCCCUUUCCCUUCCUCUCCUCCAGCCCACACAACAACACGCACCGUUGCACGCCAAUCUUCCCCCCUCAGGGUGCCUCCUCCCAUUCCCUUUCUCCCCUCUUCCUCACGUUCUUCCCUAUUUUUCUUCCUCGGGUCCCUAUAGCCUCACGGCUCAAGCUCCAGCCAGUCGCCCUUGCUGUCGUCUGCCUCUCCGUCCUCGUUGUCACUGCACGUGUGUUUGCAUCUCGAUUCCGACGCCGCUCUGAAUCACGACUGCCCCGUCAGCCAUCGACCAUCGAUUCACACGUCAUUCGUCGACCAGCUUCAAAGCCAACAUCCGACGCCAGCUCUGUGAUCAACAAAGCUUCCUUUGCUGCAAAGAAAAACAAGACGUCGCCGGAAUACCCGCCCUCCCCGGUCAAUCCACGGUUUCCGUCCAUCGCAAAGCAACACAAUCAAAGCUAUCGCCAUCUGCCUUUAAGAACCAUCAAUUCCACCCAAGAACUUAUGGCGUCCUCACAAUUGCAGUUUGCCUACCGCACCCAGAAGGGCAUCGGCCUGUUUGAUGCUGCGCCAUCUUAUCAGCCUCUCUCUGGGUUCGCCAAUCCUGAAGGGAACCUCCGGUGUUGUGCAUACUCGCCCUGUGGCCGUUACUUUGCCUGGGCGAGCCCCGAAGUUGUUACCGUUGUCGACGCUUCCACUGGCCAGCAGGUUCUUGCCCUCCCCAUCCUCAAUGUCCUUGAGCUCGGUUUCUCUCCUCUCGGCACCUUCCUCGUCACCUGGGAGCGACCUGCCAAGGAUGAGAACGGAGAUGCGACCAAGACCCUGAAGGUCUGGCGUACUGUCGAAGAUGGCGUUGCUGGAGCCGACAAACUGCCCUUGGGCAAGUACGUCCAAAAGUCGCAGGGAGGCUGGAACCUUCAGUACACAGCCGACGAGAAGUUCUGUGCCCGCCAAGUCACCAACGAAGUCCAGUUCUACGAAAGCCACGAUCUCGGCACCGUCUGGAACAAGCUGAGAGUCGAGGGCGUCGCCGACUUUGCCCUGGCUCCCGGUCGUUCCCACUCCGUUGCUGUCUUCAUUCCUGAACGCAAGGGACAACCCGCUGCCGUCAAGGUCUACAACGUGCCCCAAUUCAACGCUCCCAUUUCUCAAAAGACCUUCUUCAAGGGCGACAAGGUCCAGCUCAAGUGGAACCAAUUGGGAACCAGCAUUCUCGUUCUGGCCCAGACUGAUGUCGACAAGUCCAACAAGAGUUACUACGGUGAGACUACACUGUACUUGCUUAGCGUCAAUGGCUCUUUCGACGCCCGCGUCAGCCUGGACAAGGAGGGUCCUAUCCACGAUGUGACGUGGUCCCCGAACUCCAAGGAGUUUGGUGUCGUCUAUGGCUACAUGCCCGCGAAGACUACCAUCUUCAACCACCGCGCCGUUGCCCAGCACUCGUUCCCCCUGGGACCUCGCAAUACCAUCAUCUUCUCCCCCACGGGACGUUUUGCUCUUGUUGCUGGAUUCGGAAACCUGGCUGGCCAGAUCGAUGUCAUUGAUCUCGAGAAGGAUUUCCGCAAGCUUCACACUAUUGAGAGUGGCAACCCUAGCGUCUGCACGUGGAGUCCGGACAGCCGUUAUAUCAUGACGGCUACCACUUCUCCCCGUCUCCGUGUCGACAACGGCAUCAAGCUUUGGCACGUCAGCGGUCCUCUCAUGUACAACGAGGACAAGGUUGAGCUUUAUCACGUUGUCUGGAGGCCCUUGGCUGUCGAAAAGGUUGCCGGCGGAGAUCCUCUGAACCCGGUCCCCACCCCCCACGCCUCCGCGGCCACUUACUUGGGCUCUGUAAAGACGCCCAGCAAGCCCGCGGGAGCUUACCGCCCUCCUGGUGCUCGUGGCCUCGCCACCCCGCUUCAUUUCAAGCGAGAAGACGAGGGCGGCGCGGCCCACAUCAGCAUGAACAACGGAUCUGCGCCCAUUGGACCUAACGGCUUCGGACGUCCCCGCCGUGGUGUGCCUGGUGCAGAGUUUGCCGUGCCUGGUGCUGCUCCUAAGGUUCCUGGAGCCGACCCGAACGACGAUGAAAAUUUGUCAAAGGCGGCACUCAAGAACAAGAAGAAGCGCAACAACAGAAAGAAGGACGGAGAAAUCAACCCAGAGGGCCAGAACGGCGGUGGUGCUUCGCUCGCCCCGCCUCCCCGUGACUUUGGCGCGGGUUCUGGGCAUGAGGGUCGCAGCCCUGAGCGCCGUGGCGGUGCCGGAGGUAACCACAGACACCGCAGCCACUCUCGCAACCCCGGUGCGGGUCAGCAUCGUAACAGGAGCAACACCCACCGAGGCCAGAAUGGCGCGCCGCAGGUGCCUAACGCGCAGCCUCAACAGGCCGCACCGGUGACUGUGACUAGCCCCGGCGCCGAUAACUCGCAAAACCCGAACGCGAAGAAGAUUCGCAGCUUGCAGAAGAAGGUCCGCGCGAUCGAGGAUCUCGAGAUGAGACUGGCCGGAGGCGAGAAGCUUGAGGACACGCAGAUGAAGAAGAUUGGCACCAAGUCAUCUGUGCUCAAGGAGUUGGAUGGUCUCGGUGGCGAGGGCCACUAG